CGCGUGAAUUAAAACGGUGGUCCGCAGGUGACGACUGGCUGGCAAUACCAAUGAGAAUAAAUUCAGACAGGCCAACUAUGCAGCUUUUGUGGCUUUUAAUAUUCUUGAUUCUGCCGCAAUUUUUGAAAGGCGAGGUGGGAAAAUCUCCACCAAAGCCUAAUAUUAUUUUUAUCCUAGCUGAUGAUUUGGGCUUUAAUGAUGUGGGAUUCCAUGGUUCUGCUCAGAUACCAACUCCCAAUAUUGAUGCCUUGGCCUAUUCUGGAAUUAUUUUGAAUCGUUACUAUGUAACACCUAUUUGUACUCCCUCCAGAUCGGCACUUAUGACAGGAAAAUAUCCAAUACAUACAGGAAUGCAACAUGCUGUUCUUUAUGCAGCCGAGCCCAGGGGCUUGUCUCUCAAAGAGAAAAUCUUACCACAAUAUCUAAACGACUUGGGCUACACCUCCCACAUUGCCGGCAAAUGGCAUCUGGGGCACUGGAAACUCAAGUAUACCCCCCUCUUCAGGGGAUUUAGUAGCCAUGUGGGCUUCUGGUCCGGCCACCAUGACUACAAUGAUCAUACCGCCGUGGAGAACGAUGAGUGGGGUCUGGAUAUGCGAAAUGGAACGGAGGUGGCCUAUGAUCUUCAUGGACGAUACACGACGGAUGUAAUAACCGAUCACGCCGUCAAGGUGAUUGCCAAUCAUAAUGCGACCAAUGGUCCUCUGUUCCUGUAUGUGGCCCAUGCGGCUUGUCAUUCAAGCAAUCCGUAUAACCCACUGCCAGUGCCGGAUAAUGAGGUGAUGAAGCUGGGACAUAUUCCCCACUACAAGAGGAGGAAAUUUGCAGCAAUGGUUACCAAAAUGGAUGAAUCCGUCGGACUGAUUGUGGAUCAGUUGCGCAAGUCCAAUAUGCUGGAGAAUUCCAUAAUCAUCUUCUCCUCUGACAAUGGGGGUCCUGCCCAGGGAUUCAAUUUGAACUUUGCCUCCAACUACCCGUUAAAAGGCGUAAAAAACACUCUAUGGGAAGGAGGAGUUCGAGCUGCGGGUCUCAUUUGGUCCCCACUCCUCAAAAGCCGACAACGAGUGGCUAACCAGACCAUACACAUUUCUGACUGGUUGCCCACACUCCUGGAGGCAGCUGGUGGUGUUCCCGCCUUGUCCAAUUUGAGCAAAGGCAUAGAUGGCCAGAGCAUCUGGCAGGCUCUGGUACACGAUCAACCUUCUCCCCGGCUGAAGGUGGUUCACAAUAUCGAUGAUAUCUGGGGCAGUGCCGGCCUUAGUGUGGGUGAUUGGAAACUGGUAAAGGGCACUAACUAUUAUGGCAAGUGGGAUGGAUGGUACGGACCGGCUGGUGAAAGGGAUCCCCAUCUCUAUGAGUGGCAGCAGAUACCCAAGAGCAGGGCGGGCAAAGCUCUGCAUGGACUACAAAUGCUGCCAAGCCAGGCGGAACAGCAGAGGCUAAGAGCUGCAGCCACAGUUUCUUGCUUGGGUCAGUCUUCUCAAGGAAGUGUGUGCAAAGCCACCGCGUUCUCGGCUCCGUGUUUGUUUAAUAUUCAUGACGAUCCCUGCGAACAGUUUAAUUUGGCGGAACAAUAUCCCAAAGUACUCCAAACCUUGAUGGAAGAGUUAAAGUAUCAAAAUUCUACAGCAGUACCACCUGCCAAUAAGCCUGGAGAUCGUCGUGCGAGUCCCAAGUACUGGAACUACACAUGGACUAAUUUUGGAGAUUAUGAAUUAUAUAACAAUAAGCCAGUUUUAGGUGACUUGGAAGUCCUUUUGUAA